CAGGCCUGCGAGCUCCCCUCCAACUGUGCCCGAGAGGGAGCGGGGCGGGGGAGAGAGCGAGCGAGCGAGCGAGCCCCGCAACGACCGCACCGCCUCCUUCCCCAGGGAUCGCACAGGGCCUCCCCACUCCCUCCAGGCCGGUAGUGGGCUGAACCCCCCCGCCCCUUCCCGUGCCGUCUGCAGUGCUCCCGGCGCGCUGCGAACCCCGGGAGCUGCAGCGUUCCGGGAUCGAACGCUCGCCGCGUUCCAAGAAAGCCGGCAGCGUUCGAAAUUGGAAUCCUCCCGUCGGCCGCUGCUACAUUGUUUCCUCUUCCCCACCCCCUCUCCCCGAUCCCCCUUGCCCCCGGCCCCACUGCUAUCCGAGCACCCACCCCGACCCCACCCCUUUGUACCUCUCCCGCUUCCCCUCACCUCCGUCCCCGGCCCAGCAGCGCCCGGGGACCCCCCCCCCCCGCCGCAUGGAAUAUCCGGCAGCUGGCUGAGCCCCACGCUGAGAAGCCGGCUCCCCGACGGGGAAACGAAGCUGGAGGCAACUCGGAGCCUGUAGAGAGUGUCACCGCAGUGGGAGAAGCUGGAAAAUCCACUCACCUGCUCCCUGGCAGGGAGCAAGGUGCUUCCUGGCACAUGUGGAGAAGAGGGAGGCAGGGCUUAAGCCAUCCAUUCCUACAGAACUUAACCAGCCCGUCUUGAUCUUCGCCACGGUCUCAUGGUACCAAGUGACGUGUCCCUCCUGUGAGACUCGAUCCCCAGACCCGCCUGAGACAAUGUCGGGAAUGCAGGCCAUUUGGCCAUCCGGUACGGAAUGUAUCGCCAAGUAUAACUUCCAUGGCACCGCUGAGCAGGACCUCCCGUUCAGCAAAGGGGACGUGCUCACCAUCGUCGCUGUCACCAAGGAUCCCAACUGGUACAAAGCCAAAAACAAGGUGGGCCGUGAGGGGAUCAUCCCUGCCAACUAUGUUCAGAAGCGAGAAGGAGUGAAAGCCGGAACCAAACUCAGUCUGAUGCCCUGGUUCCAUGGGAAGAUCACACGGGAGCAGGCAGAGCGGCUGCUAUACCCCCCGGAGACGGGCCUCUUCCUGGUGCGGGAGAGCACCAACUACCCGGGCGACUACACCCUGUGCGUGAGCUGCGAGGGGAAGGUGGAGCAUUACCGCAUCAUCUACUCCUCCAGCAAGCUCAGCAUCGACGAGGAGGUCUACUUCGAGAACCUCAUGCAGCUGGUGGAGCAUUACACCACGGACGCCGACGGGCUCUGCACACGCCUCAUCAAACCCAAACUCAUGGAGGGGACGAUAGCCGCUCAGGACGAGUUCUCCAGAAGCGGCUGGGCCCUCAACAUGAAGGACCUGAAGCUUCUGCAGACUAUCGGCAAAGGGGAGUUUGGAGAUGUGCUGCUGGGCGAUUACCGUGGCAACAAGGUCGCUGUGAAGUGCAUUAAACACGAUGCCACCGCGCAGGCCUUUCUGGCGGAGGCCUCAGUGAUGACGCAGCUCCGACACAGCAACCUGGUACAGCUGCUGGGGGUGAUCGUGGAGGAGAAGAGUGGCCUCUACAUCGUCACUGAAUACAUGGCAAAGGGAAGCCUAGUCGAUUACCUGCGAUCCCGAGGGAGGUCUGUGCUGGGGGGCGACUGCCUGCUGAAGUUCUGCUUAGAUGUCUGUGAAGCCAUGGAGUAUCUGGAAGCCAACAACUUUGUCCACCGGGACCUGGCGGCGAGGAACGUGCUGGUCUCGGAGGACAACAUCGCCAAAGUCAGCGACUUUGGGCUGACAAAGGAGGCAUCGUCCACUCAGGACACGGGGAAGCUGCCGGUGAAAUGGACGGCGCCGGAAGCACUUAGAGAAAAGAAAUUCUCCACCAAGUCGGACGUGUGGAGCUUCGGGAUCCUCCUCUGGGAAAUCUACUCCUUCGGGCGAGUGCCUUAUCCGAGAAUUCCUCUGAAGGACGUCGUUCCCCGCGUGGAGAAGGGGUACAAGAUGGACGCCCCCGACGGCUGCCCCCAGGUCGUCUACGAGGUGAUGAAAAACUGCUGGACCCUGGACCCCAUCAUCCGGCCUUCCUUCCACCAACUACGGGAACAGCUAGAGCAUAUCAAAGGCAACGAGCUCUACCUGUGAGAUGGGGGGGGCGGGGCUUCCUCAAGACACCGCCCCUUCUCCCUUUGGUCCUGCCCCACCCCCCUGCUCAGGUAGCGGGGGUGGGGGAGGGGCCAGAAGGGGAGGGGAGAAGGACUGAGCGAGCUGCUGGACCUGCUCCACCCAUGGAACUAUCCUAGAGAGACAUAUUGGACUUGUGCAUAUCCCUGCCCUGGGUCUGCCUCCCCCUCCCCGGGUCCCUUAGGCUGGGCUGGCUGGAGAUGCAGGAGUGAGAUGGAUUGAUCAAGGCUGCCCCGACCACCUUGUCCCUGUAGAAACCAAACUGGGAAGGGAAUCCUACUAUUUUAGCAGCAUGUUGUUACCCCCACACUCUCUCCCUGCCCCCAACCACCGAUCCUUCCCCACAGAGUUUCUCUUCCUUGAUUUCUCCCUGGGAUCACAUCUCUGUUUCUCCAGCUCACAGGAUCGCGACAGCAGGGGACAGGGUGGGGACGACUGAGGAGGGAAGCCGGGGCGGGGAAGGGGGGAGAGGAUAAAUGGGGGGUGCCCUACUGCUGCGGGUAUUUCCUGCUCCUCACACGAGUCCUGCGAUUGCUUAAGAACUUCCGAGUCAGUUGUUUUCUCUGGGUUUUUUUCAGUUAUUUUUUAUUAUUUCAAAUGGAAACGGGCCAGCCAAGUGCUGGGGUUUUACUAAAGUACGAAUCUCUUAUUUUUUAAUGUAAUUGAAAAAAAAAUUUAAAAAAAGGUUUAAAAAAGAAAGAGAGAAAUGGACCCACCCGAAAGGAAGGAAAAUCCCAAAUCUGCUAACUGACCGGGUGAAAUAACUGAGACUCCAAGGGCAAUUGUUGAAUUGUUUCGCUUUAACUUGUUGCAGUGUUUUGCAUGCCGUCUCCAGAGGCCUUUUCCAGUCCUGUCCAGUGCUUUAUUCUCAUGUAAUGCUGCCAACUGUGAGAUUAAACUGUAAUAAAACCAUUCCAUAUGGACACACA